AGUGGCUUGACUGGCAUUAUCGUUCAACCCACCUUGGAGCCGCUUGCCUGUCCGUCAAAAGUAUUCCAAUCAAAAUACUCAAUUAUAGUCAGUUUUAGUGUAGCGUGCGGAGUGCUGCUGGUUUUAUGGAUGUCGGUCGGCAAAGGGUUCGGUGCUGAACUAAGACUGUGCCUUGCUGGCUGUAGGGGCCCCUGCAACAUCUGAAGGCCCCUCUUACGAGUGUGUAACUCGUAGAAUGAACGAUCAGCAUACAAUGCUGCAUCCUGUCUCACAACUCCCAUCAGCGAGCAUGGCCGGCCAUGUAGGGCCCCAACACGGCUACGGAAUGGGCCAACCGUCUCAUGUGGUCAACCCGGGAUCCCAAGGGGGGACCCCUGACCAGGACGCUCCUAAGCAUGAUAUUUCAGAAAUCCUUCAACAAAUCAUGAACAUUACGGACCAAAGUUUGGACGAAGCACAAGCGAGGAAACACACGUUGAACUGUCAUCGAAUGAAACCAGCAUUGUUUAGCGUUCUUUGUGAAAUCAAGGAAAAAACAGUCCUAAGUCUUCGCAACACGCAAGAAGAUGAGCCCCCCGACCCUCAGUUGAUGCGGCUGGACAACAUGCUGAUAGCGGAGGGCGUGGCGGGGCCAGAAAAGGGCGGUGGGGCUGGGGCGGCGGCCAAUGCGUCCGCGGCCGCAGCCUCUCAGAGCCCCGGCGGGCCCCAAGCCGAGAACGCUAUCGAACACUCCGACUACAGGGCGAAACUUGCACAGAUCAGACAGAUAUACCACCAAGAGCUAGAGAAGUACGAACAGGCGUGUAACGAGUUCACGACGCACGUGAUGAACCUCCUGCGGGAGCAGAGUCGCACGCGUCCCAUCACCCCCAAGGAGAUCGAGCGUAUGGUGCAGAUCAUCCACAAGAAGUUCAACUCCAUCCAAGUGCAGCUCAAGCAGAGCACAUGCGAAGCCGUCAUGAUCCUACGGUCGAGGUUCCUGGACGCAAGGCGGAAGCGGCGGAACUUCAGUAAGCAGGCCACCGAAAUCUUGAACGAGUAUUUCUAUUCUCACCUCAGCAAUCCGUACCCCAGUGAGGAAGCCAAGGAGGAACUCGCCAGGAAGUGUGGUAUCACCGUGUCUCAGGUAUCAAAUUGGUUUGGUAACAAAAGGAUACGGUAUAAAAAGAACAUAGGUAAAGCUCAAGAAGAAGCCAAUCUGUAUGCUGCGAAGAAAGCAGAUUACAUCAACGAUUGUUACUCCCCUCCCUCAGCGGCUGGUUCCUCCCCAUACAGUCUGGCGCCUUCUUCACAGGGCCAGAUGAUCAGUCCACCUCCCGGUUCGGGCACCCCUCAAGAUUCCAUGUACAAUAUGAGCAUGAAUGGCGGCGACUCCUACUCUUCGAUGGGAGCGAAUGUUCAGUCACAGGCGAAUGCCCUGAGGCACGUGAUCUCCCAGACGGCAGGUUAUGCCGAUGGUCUACCGCCCCAGUCCUCCGCAUCCAUGUACGACCCUGCAGGCAUGCAUCAGGUGCGUAUAUAACAGCCUUCUGAGCUUCAUCCCUAGUGAAGACGAGAGACUGAGAACAUCAGCCAAUCGGUGAACAGGGCCCGGCUCAAUUUAGCCAAUCAGGAAGGACUCAGUACUUCACAUAAUAUACGUUUCAAACAAAAUAUCUCAGACCUCAGAUCAUGUUUCAUCAAAAUAACAAGCUAAACAUCUUUUCUUGCACUUUGUCGCACAGAAAAAAAUAUAAAUAAAAUGGAGGAACAUGCAAAAAAGAAACUGUCGCAGCCAGGAAGCGGAGCAAAGACGUUGUACAGUUAUACCUCUGUAUUCUAGCGUCGUUCUCUUUCAUCUGCAUACCAUUCGUAUUCGCGCAGAACGAUUUUAAGUGUACAUUUCUUUCUCAGAAAAAACAAGAUAUCAUUGUGAUGAAUCAUCUGUAAUUUCAGAACUCUGUACAUCAGAAUCAUAAUUCAGCGGUUUUUUUCUUUUUUUUCUUUGUUCGUGUUGUUGUUGUCUUAAGACUCUGUAGCAGUCAGCAAAAAAUGUGCACUUUUAUAUAAAUUAAUAUAAACUGGAGAAUAAGUAAAAAUGCUUUGUGCUGUAUCUUUGAAGAAAAGAAGAGACGAGGACUUUGUGGAGUUGUUUCACAUUCGUUCCAUUCAAUUUCUGAUAAUUAAACAAAUAAUAAACUGGAAAAAAAAAUGUGGUCGCGAUAGUAGCGACCUCUAGCGGAACGCCGUCUGGUGUGCAGUUACAACAUUAGAUCUUGAAUGGCAAGUUUUGCCGUGUGAUGCUUUCAAGUUGUUUUUUACAUAAUAUUUCUUAAAAAGGCCCAAAGAUUGCUGUUAAUCACGUCCAUUCGUGUAUCAAUUUGUUAUUCUUGUUUCAUCUUUUUAUCCCUUUCUUAUUUGCCAGUGUAUUUCUAGUGAUCAACCUAUUUAACAGUUCUCAAAUACGUUGGUCCGUUCAAUUUGUUUUUGAACAAAAGUUGUAAAAAAUUCGCUGAAAGUAGCACAGUUCGCGAAACCUUGUUAUCAUUGUUCUUGAAAACAAAUGUCAAACAUUCGUAAAUUAUUAAAUAUGUGUGAUAAGAUGUCAGUGAAGCUGAGCUGGAUGUUUUCCUUUUAAAAAUGUAGUGUAAAUUACUUAAAUGGAGGUUUUUUACGAAGAUUUUUUUUCCUCUUAUUUUACUUUUUUUUAAACUAAAUAUUUAAUUUUUAAAAAUCAAUUUUACAUAAAUGAAAUUUACUGUUUAUAUGUUUAAUUUUAUCAUUAUUAUUAUAAUGCAUUUUUACUAUUCUCUGUUUUUAUUGGAUUUUAAAUGUAGGGGAAAAACCUUAAAGAAUCUUCUGAAACUACUCAUUAAUUUUGAAUUCAAAAAUGUAAGCUGUGACUCCAGCUCAGUAUAAAAUGAAUAAAAAGAUCCAAGAUUUCUUCAUAUACUUUGUCAUUGUAAAUUGCUGAUUAAGAUAUCUAUCUUAAUUUUAAUAGUGAGAAAUACUAUUGAAAUCAAAGAACUAAAAUCAGAAUUUUGAAUUAAUUAUGAAAUUUUAAUUAAGAUGACUUCAUUUUAAUCGUUUUAGCCAUGUGAUAAAGUUUCUAUUGUACUUAAAGUAAAAGAGUAAAACUUAAAACUUUUCAUUUCAAAAACGGAAUUGCUGUUUCGUUCUGUGAUUUUGUAAUCUAAAAAAGUUAUUAUUUUUUUUUAAGUAAGUUCAUUAUAAAUGUGUUCUGGGCAAUUUGUUUUUGAAUGUAUAAUUUACUUUGUAUCUUGUCAAAAUUACAUAUCGCGCUGACGAAGAUAUGCUAUUAUUCCGGCUAUGAUCUCGUAGUGUACAAUCAAUAACAAAAAAAGUUUUGUUUUUAAGAACUUUGCAAACUGCACAUAUUGUAUUGAAUAA